UUACUCCCCCACCUGUGGGUAUCCUCCCAAACUAUCACUAUUUCACUUAGUGAAACUACUAAACUACAAGAAAGACGAAGUGUGACCCACAUCUCCUUCGACACAUUUGACAUGACCACGAUAUGUCUGCAGGAAUUUACAGUGUGGACUUUUGUCUCCUGUAUCAAGGUUUACGCUCAAGUGGUGAAGCAUCCAGGCCUGCAGGUGUUGGCCACGGCCUCACAUUAUUGGCCUCUUGAUGCUGUGGACGGAAUCCAUGAACUGUGGGACCAGAUUGGAAACAGACCAGGUUAUGUUAACGGAAGUAACAUAACUCUCAGAAUCCACAACCACACUGUGCUCCCUUCCUCCCAUAACUCUUCCUAUGUGUAUACCAAUGACUCUGCCUACACUAACAUUUCUGCAACAGUAGAUAUUGUUGAAGGAAUGGUCAACAAGGGCAUCUUUCUGAAUGGAGAUAACGGCGGUACCUUUCUCCACUUUGGAAACUACCAGAACUCUUGUAUUAGUGACCCUACUUGGUGUGGUCCUGAGGGAAUUACCUUCUCCUUUUUUUGGAAAAACCAUGAGUCAGAGUCCCGUUUUGCUGUAGCCUCUGGAGGGAAAGUUAUCUCUAAUGGCUUCUCUGUCUACACCAAUAACUAUGGCGGAUACGUGGAGUUUUACACUCGAGGCAACAACCACAGAUGGAAGGCCAACAUCAAAGUUCCAGGGCCUUACUGGACCCACAUUCUCUUCACAUGGACAACAAAGGAUGGUCUGAAAGUAUACAUUAAUGGGACCUUCAUUGCUGGUGACACAGCUGGCAGUGUCUCAGAGAACUACGGGGACCCCUACCCAGACCUUGUCAUCGGAACUAGAAACGACAGAGCAUCUGGUCACUAUGUAACAGGCGCCUUUGAUGAGUUUGUCAUCUGGGAAAGGGCCCUUUCACCUCACGAGAUCUUGCUCUACUACAGUGCAGCCAUAGGCCAGGCCAUGGUUUCUGUCACAACACCCAGACUCUCCAAAGAAAUCACUUCAACUGCAGCAACAGUCACAGCCACUGAAGUGAGUCCUCCUGUCGUCAGCAGUAAGCACGAGGACGUCCAAAGCUCCCAGGACCCGGAGUCCUUGCCGAUGUUGGGCUUCCUUAAGGCACUGCCCAAUAGGACCAUUCCUCACAACACUGCCAACAACCUCACACAGGCUUUUCUCAAAAGUGUGGAAGAAGUGCUGUCCUCUCCAGGGCUGCCUGAGCAGCAGUCCAUCCCUGUGGUCAGCGGUCUUAUCGAGACCGUGGACAGAGUGAUGGAACACAUGGUGACUAACCUGGAGCCCAGCCCGAACUCUCUCAUCUCUCUGGGUGGAACAUCUUUUGUUGCAGAUUACUCUCUGAUGAAAUUCCCACAGAACUACAACCUGCCACAUUACCGCUUCCCCACACAAGGCAAGAGUUACAUCUCCGUGCCCGGAGAGGCCUUCACCAUGCAGUCUCAAACCACCAUAGUUGGCCUCUUCUACCACAACAUGCACAACUACUACAAGGAGAUCAGCCCUGUCAAGACCAGGAUUAAUGAAGCAGCUGAUUUCAAGAAUCACAAGAUCCAGGUAGCAAGCUGUCUGAUCUCUCUAAAAGUGGAGCCUUCACCAGCGCUGUCAGUCAACCUCUCUGGAGCCCCACUCAUUAAGAUUGUCCUCACCCACAUUCUGACUAAAGAACAGCAAGAGCAAGUCCUAAAUCAGAGCAAUAAAGUCUUCCUCUACUGUGCUUUCUUGGACUACAGUUCAAAAGAGGGAGUAUGGUCCAACGAAGGUUGUGUACGCUCAGAUGGAAACAUGACAUACUCUGUGUGUUUGUGCAACCACCUUACCAACUUUGCCAUACUUAUGCAAGUGGUUCCCUUAAAGCUCACUACUGGCCACAGGGUGGCACUAUCAACCAUCGGUUAUGUCGGCUGCUCAAUCUCCAUCUUCUGUCUUGCCAUCACUCUGGUCACUUUUGCAGUUCUGUCGUCAGUGAGUACCAUUCGUAACCAACGCUACCACAUCCACGCCAACCUGUCCUUCGCCAUCCUGGUGGCUGAGAUCUUACUGCUCAUCAGCGCUCGCUUCGAUCCGGGCACGCUGCCUUGCAAAGUCAUGGCUGUCCUGCUUCACUUCUUCUUUCUGAGCGCCUUCGCCUGGAUGCUGGUGGAGGGCCUCCACCUCUACAGUAUGGUGGUCAAGGUGUUUGGCUCUGAGGGCAGCAAGCACUUCUACUACUAUGGCAUUGGUUGGGGCUCUCCAUUGGUAAUAUGCGUGGUAUCCAUGACAUCAGCUCUGAACAGUUAUGGCGAGGUUGACAACUGUUGGCUGUCACUGACGAAUGGAGCCAUCUGGGCAUUUGUGGCACCGGCUCUUUUUGUCAUUGUGGUGAACAUUGGCAUUCUGAUAUCCGUGACCAGGAUCAUAUCUCGAAUCAGCGGAGAGAGCUACAAGGUUCAUGGAGACGCCAACUCAGUCAAGCUGACUGUGAAGGCGGUGGCUGUGCUCCUGCCUAUACUCGGCAUUUCCUGGAUCUUUGGCGUUCUCGCUGUCAACACACACUCUUUGCCAUUCCUGUAUAUUUUUGCUGUAUUCAACUCGUUACAAGGGUUCUUUGUCUUCUUGUUUCACUGUCUUCUCAACUCUGAGGUCAGAGCUGCUUUCAAACACAAAACCAAGGUGUGGUCUCUUACCAGCAGUUCCAUCCGAAACAUCAAUGUGAAGCCGUUCAACUCUGACAUUAUGAAUGGAAACAAGGAGGGCGUGACUCCCACCAAGAUGAACACAUGGGACAAAAGUAGCAACUCAGCAAAUCGUAUCGACCUCUCCGCCGUGUAGAACCAUUUCUGUCCGUGACAGGAGAGCAGUCUGAAGCUCACUAGUGUAGAAUGACAAACACUGGCCAGAGUAUUCUCCCACUAUGUUAUGUAAUGAAUCAGACACUCAUCUGCUCAAGUGAAAGUGAUACUGUACCAAUGAAGGUGUUGUGUAGCUGAAUAAUAGCUUCACCUUUUAAAGACAAACAGACUCUAAGGACUGUGCCUUAUUAUUAUCUCAUAAAAACAUAUUGUGUUCCCAAAAACGAGAGCAGGGAUUUCUGAGGACAUCAGUGUGAGUCUUGACAUCCAGGAGUGUAGUUCAGGGUCUAGCAUCAAUGCUCUGUGUGGUGGAGCUCCUAGAUUCCAUCUGACAUCUGUAUAUUGCAGUUGAUUUAGUAAUUAGCGAGAGUUUAUUUAACUGAUGCUUAUUUGCUUUCUUGCUGAAAGUUAGAUGAAAAGACUGACACCACUUUCAUGUCUGUUUAGUCAAUAUGAAGCCACCGCCAGCAGCUCGUUAGAAAAAAAAUACCAAGGAAAGCUGUAUAUUUUCCUUAGAUAUAGUGUUCGAUUUAUGCCUUAAAGUUAUAGUGCGUAGUUUCUGCCGCCCCCAUGAGGAAUUCUAAGUAAUGACAACAAAACUGUCGGCGCGUCCACAUGAUACAAGCCUACCGUGACCGCGCCAUCACAAAGGACUAUAAAUUUGCUUAUUUUUCCUGAAUUAACUGCUCCAAGAUUCACCUGAUUCAUACAGCUUUAAUCCAACACUGGGGACACAACAACUGCAUGAUAACAAUGGCUGAAGCAGCAGUGAAUUCGACCCUAUGUAAAUCUGAUAUAAUGUAUUUAUUUAUUUUGUGAUUCUGAGUUCUCUAUCAUGUCUUCUGCAAAGUGUCACAGCUCAACAAUCAGCAUGUUCUCAUGUUAAAUUGUAUGUCUAUUUGUAUGUUUUCCCUUUCAAAAUGAACUGGUAUAUUUGUAGUACCUCACGUCUUAGUAAGCUGCAGUAUGUUAUGCUUUUUGAGGAAUCGUGAAUACUGGCUGUGCUUUGGACACAGUUCUGUGAAGUUUGUGUUGUCUUUAGCUAUUUCUGUUGCAAAUUUCUUUCCAAUUUUCUAUGUACUAUGAAAUAUGUUCUACAGCAGAGGGACUUUACAAGGUUGUUGCUUUUAUUUCUUAAAAUACUGUGAGAAUAGAGGGAGAUGACAUCAUUUAUAAUGUCAUUGAUCUUACACUGUACCAACAUUAGGUUUCCUUUACUGUAAGUCACUCUGCGCUCCCUUUUCAUGUCAAAUCUAAAGUUAGAUAUGCUUGUAUGGCCUUUAAUGAUUGUUGUCUUAUGGUACUAUGGUUUGUGCUUCCAAUUAUCUUUAUUAUAAAAUCGUUUAUGACAACAAA